AUCGGUGGCUACUUGAAACAACAUACCAACUGUGUGGUUAUGAAAGAUGGGGCAAAGAGGCAUUGGAUUGACUGGAGAUUAAUAGGAAUCAUACAAUUUCAUAAAUGGAUUGAUUACUUUACGCCGCCUGUGAGCGACGAUAUGUUGGUUGAAUCCACUGCUACUCACUCCCCUUCAAGCAGCCUGCCCACCCUCGCCAUCAAAGCUGCAGCCAAAAUAAGGAAACGCUCCAGUGACCGACCACCUUUCACUCUGGUCCGUCCCAGGGUAGUUUGUGCCAAUCUGACCGUGUAA